AUGAGCACCGAACAUAAUUAUCAGAAUGGAACGAAUCCUACGGGAGAUGAUGUAAUGGCUGAAAACCCAACACCGGUGCAAAUACAGCAGGAAUAUUUUGAAAAUCUGUCGGAUUGUGAUUGGGUGGCUUAUAAUUUGAAUUGUAAAAGUGACAGAAGCUAUCUGAUGCAAAAUGUGGCGUUUGCACUAUUUGGUAGUCCUACUAUUGAGGGUGAUCUGAAUGCUAAAGAAGUCUUAGAAGGCUAUACUUCUAGGCAAAAGGAACAGGCACAAGAAGUCUACAAAAAAAUCUGUGAACAGAAAAAAUACAGUCAAGAUGAUGAAACAAUUAUGAUUUCUAUACUUCUCGUUGUUUGCGCUAGGCCAAAACCGCUAAAACUCUUACAAUUUAGACCAUCUAAUUACUGGAUGGAUUUACAUAAGAAGACUGAUAUAUUAAUGUGGUCUAUACCGGUUUUCAAAGUUCGUAAAUGCAUCUCAUUCAGUGAUGAAAAACCCUGCUCAGUUUUCAUUGAUGACAAUGCCAGGGUGUACAAAGAUUGGAACUCGUAUCUAACAAAUAACACCCUUCCUAAGUGUGUUAUUGUCGCUCCUUGUAAUGGCAUAUAUGACGGUGUUCUUGUUGAGGAAGAUAAGUCUAUCGCGGUGAAACUCACUGUAACACCAUCGCCGGCCCUCGGUCUCUCUUCACAAGUAUUGAGUUCCGUCGACACAGCGAGUACCGUGGUGUCUUUCGGCGCUGCGGGUGUAUUGGGCGUGGCCCUUUUCACCCCAGUCGCACCCGUGUUACUUGCUGGAGCUACUGUCGCCACAGUUUCAGCUGGGAUCUAUGGCCUAGUCCGUUCAUCUAUACACCUGCACGAUCGAAGACAACACGAGCAGAGUAUAAAUGUAACGAAUCCUGAAGCGCGCGGAAGCUGGAUAAACAUCACAGCGUCAAGCGUUGGCCUCGCAGCUGGUGCUGCCAGUUCUCUAUUGGCACGUUCUGCGGUUGCUGGCAAUAAUCUUACAAAGGUCGGUCAAAUGUUGACCGUGUCUGUAGACAUUUUACGUCACGCAAAUUUAGCGACAGGCGCCGUGGGAGUUCUGAACGGUCUCAUUCAUUUGAUUGUCAAAUACCACAAGCACGGUGAAAAAGCAACGAAGCUUGAGCUGUUCCAAUUCUCAGCAUCCUUACUCUUCUUCUUCCAAGCCGCCGUAUCGAAUCGCACCGCGCAAAAUAUUAUAGAAGACGCGCAGGCAAACACAAUCAAUGAGUACCGCGCUACACUUAGAAGUAAUAAACACAGAAAAAUCUUCGACAAAAUCAGCGCAGAGGCUCGCAGGGUAGCGGGAACAACGGUUCAAGGUAACACUGAGGUUAUUACUGGUAUCAAGAACAUCGCAAAUAAGGACCAGUACUUUGCCGACGUCCUUAGGAUUAACAAGGAUAUAAACCAACACAAACUGCGGAUAUCCCUAACGUCGGAUGGAAAAGUUAAUUUAAACGCCGCGCAUAAAUUCGAUCCUUCCCAACUAUCAGGAUUAGGAAGGGACGGCAGAGCUGAACUGUUUUCUUCCCUCGGCCCAUCGAAACUGAAAACCCCAAAUGUUUCCACUAAAGUCGGGCCAACGUCGUCUCCACCCAUGCAAUCUUUCGGGGAGACAGAGGAAAAAUACGAUGAAAUCCCCAAAAAGGGUGUAGUAGGUAUUCGCCCAGAAGAGAUAAUACAAAUAGGAGUAUAUUUAGUGCGCGUCAGCACGUCUGGAACAGAGAACAUAACGAAACUUCUAGAAAAUCUUAGCAAGGACGUCUACGACGGUGUAAUGACGGUCUCCAUGAACAUAAUAUCGAAUUUGAUCCCCGAAGAUAUCGCUCGGAUGAAGAUUCUGAAUCCGAACAAGGAUCUGUUGCAGCAGAUCAUCGAAUUCGUGUUCAACUAUUUGAAGCACGACAGGCCGUUGGGUGAAGUUUCAUUCGAAGACGACAACAGUAUUGUUAUUGUGCUGAAAAGUUUCUUUCAGGACGGCGCCUUGAAAAGGGAUAUAUUACUUAAGCUGAAGGAACGCCUUUUAAAAAAUAUAGAAGUUGAGUUGGAUAGGCAACGCCGACAAUUUCCGAAUAAAAUACAAAUAAGCUGUACCGUUUGUAAGGGAGUGCGCUACGAAAAUAAGUGA